AUGACAGCGUCAGGCAAGAUAUUAAAAAUGGCGGCUUUUGUUACGGCCUCUAGAAGACCUAUUCUGGGUUUGCCAUUUCUCCUACCUUCAUGCGAGCUAGCCUCCCUUGAGUUGCGGCGGACCCAAUCCUCUUACAGGCGCACAAAACAACGCCUACGAGUCAAACCAGAUGCUUCUUUCGGCUUGUCCUCAGAUAAAACUCAUGAUCAUAUCAUCUUCAACCCUCCAUCAAGCUCUCCAUCUGUCUAUCACACGCCGACGAAAUUCCUCCCGUCGAAUGACGCUCGAAGAACACUUCGGGCAGAUAACCAUGCCAAUUCACAGAAUUUGGAAGAGCUUCCGUCUGUGUUCAAAUCAUCUAUUGAAAAGAAAUAUCACUUAAGCCCGUCAGACAUAACCGAAAUUCGCAAACUUCGAUUGAGCGAUCCAAUGACUUGGAGUCGGGCAAAAUUAGCGAAACGCUUUGAUUGCUCACCGAUAUUCAUUGCACAAGUAUGCGAGGCAAGUCCGCAGAAGAAGGAAAUUCAAAAGCAGGUUUUGGAAGCGGUACAGUCAAGAUGGGGUGCAAAACGCCGGAUGGCCAGAGAAGAUCGCAAAUUGCGAAGAGAGGCCUGGGGUCGGGACGACUAA